CAACCUACAAAGGCCCUCUCAUGAAUGUGUGAUAUGAAGUGUAUAGAUAAAGUCUAUGUUUGAUGCCUAUGUUAUAUAAAGAAAGUUAUAGGAUAGAAUUCCCCAAAGAGAAGGAUUGGGAGCACUUACAAUAGUAAUAUUUUAGUGACACAUGCUUUAUUCUGUUUUCAAGUAGAGUGCAUCUAAGAACCCAUGGGAAAGAAGAACUGGUGCAGUAUGCUGAAAAGGAUUGUCAUUCUGGGGAGAGAAGCUACAUUAGAAAUGGGUAAGAGGAAGAGAUCAUUUGGAAGGCUGAAAAUCAAAUGGUCAGCCUUGUUCUCAGCUCCACAACCACUGCCACAAAGUGAACAUACCAUGGAUAUUAUGGCUACUGCAACUAAUGAAUGUGAGGCUGCUCAUCAGCCUAGAGAAGAGAACUCACAGCUAUCAGACCAAUACUGCUUUAACUAUGACAGAGAGGUUCUGAACCUGGUUUCCAUCAAAAUCCAAACAGCUUUUCGGGGUUACCUUGCAAGAAAAGCCUUACGGGCAUUGAAAGGACUAGUGAAGCUUCAAGCAAUCAUCAGGGGUCGAGCGGUUCGGCGUCAAACUGUUGCCACCCUUAAGCGCUUGCAGUCCAUCAUGAGCAUCCAAUCAGAACUCCAUGCACAAAGGUGCAACUUAGUGAAGAACACAGCAGACUCUCAAGAACAUCAAUGCCAUGAUAUAAAGAUAGAUGUGAGCAGCAACAAAAGGUGGGAUAAUCGGAUUUUCUCAAAGGAAGAAGCAAAUGCCAUGUUCUUAAGUAGGAUGGAUGCUGCCAUCAAAAGAGAUCGUAUAAAGGAAUACUGGUUGACUCAUAGGAGAUCCACAGAACAAGAAUGGAAACCACGGAUAAAACAGAGAUACUGGUUAGAACAAUGGGUAGAUGCUCAGCUAGCCAAAAGAGACGAUCUUUCAAGCCUAGACGCAGAUUUUUCUGCAAGUGCAAGAAUGAGAAAUGAAUUUGAGCAAAGAGAAUCAUCACCAAAUUUUAUGAAACAAUACAGGCCGGAAGGGACUCCAAGAAGAUCAUUUCACCAUAAUAGACAACACUCCAUAGGGGAUGACAGUCCGGGGGUGUCUAGAUCAGUGCCAACUUACAUGGCAGCCACUGAAUCUGCCAAAGCAAAAGCAAGAUCAUUGAGCUCACCAAGGCUAAGACCAAUGAAGUUUGAUGCCUACUCUGAAAUUAAUUCCCCAUACAAGUAUAAGCUCUCUCCUAUAUCAUCUAUUAACAGCGAGAUGACAGUAAAGAGCAGGGUUCUCAAGCCUUCAAGUUUGUCACAAAGAUCACCGUGCUUGAAGAGCACAGCUACCCCUGUAAGAUCAAGCAGAAGUCUAAAGAAUAUGAGACUGGAGUCAGAUUUCUCGCUCCAGGCAUAACAGCAUUUGUAACAUUUGGAUGGUCUGCUUACGUGCAUAUUUCAGUUCAUAAUAAAAUGGUGCUGAAAGUCCUACCCAUAACAAAGAAAAAGACCAUGUUGAGUCCAAAAAGGACUGAAAACAGUAUUCUAUUCAUUUAUUGAAAAAAAGGACGCAAAAAUUAAAUUGAUCAUGUCUGUGGAUGACAUAUUUAACCGCUCAACACUCAAGGAAGGUAUAACACCCCCUAUUAAGGUACAUCGUCAACUUUUCCCCUAUCAACGAACAUCUUCAACUUCUCUUCUUUUCUGACAUUACCAAGCAUCCAAUAUACAAAAUUCUAGAAGAUUUAUGCAUACAUAAGUACAAGGGCAGAUUACCAUUAAUGUGCAAGACAUCUCAGCAAUAUGGGAGAAUGAUGUAAAGAAUUCACAUCUAUCAUUUCAAAAG